AUGGUCCUUGCAUUUACUAAUGUUUUUUUGCAGGGUUUUCUCAAAGCAGGAGCAAUGUCUUCCUCUCAUCUUCCUGCUACAACUGAGUCAAUUGCUCUGGCAACUGAGGCGGCAAGUCCAACUGAGGCCAUCUCCAUUCUUUAUCGGGUACUUGAUGAUCCUUCUUCUUCACCAGAUGCUCUGCGUAUCAAAGAGCAAGCAAUCACACUCCUCACUAAGCAUCUCACGGAAGAGAAUAGGGGAGAGGAUCUGCGCAGCCUUCUCACUCAGUUGAGGCCAUUCUUCUCCUUGAUACCCAAGGCAAAAACUGCAAAGAUUGUUAGGGGAAUAAUUGACUCCGUUGCUAAAAUACCAGGGACGUCUGAUCUUCAAAUUGCACUAUGUAAAGAAAUGGUGCUAUGGACUCGUGCUGAAAAGCGUACCUUUCUGAGGCAGCGAGUUGAGGCAAGACUUGCAGCCCUUCUGAUGGAAAAUAAGGAGUAUUCUGAAGCGUUGACUCUUCUUUCUGGCUUGGUCAAAGAGGUUAGGAGAUUAGAUGACAAGCUUCUUCUUGUAGACAUAGAUUUGCUGGAAAGCAAGCUGCAUUUCUCCUUAAGAAACCUUCCCAAGGCAAAAGCUGCCCUCACGGCAGCAAGAACAGCUGCAAAUGCGAUCUAUGUGCCUCCAGCUCAACAAGGUGCCAUAGAUCUGCAGAGUGGAAUACUUCAUGCCGAGGAGAAGGAUUAUAAAACUGCUUAUAGCUAUUUCUUUGAAGCUUUUGAAUCAUUCAAUGCUCUUGAUGACCCCAAGGCUGUUUUUAGCCUGAAGUAUAUGUUGUUGUGUAAGAUCAUGGUGAAUCAAGCUGAUGACGUGGGGGGAAUUAUUUCCUCUAAAGCAGGCUUGCAAUAUCUUGGGCCUGACUUGGAUGCUAUGAAAGCUGUUGCUGAUGCACAUUCUAAGAGGUCCCUUAGGUUGUUUGAAAUUGCUUUGCGGGACUACAAGCCACAGUUGGAGGAGGACCCAAUUGUCCACAGGCACCUUCAAUCCCUGUACGAUACCCUUCUGGAGCAGAAUCUUUGUAGAUUGAUUGAGCCUUUCUCAAGGGUUGAGAUUGCACAUAUUGCUGAACUUAUUGAACUUCCCAUCGAUCAUGUGGAGCGAAAGUUGUCUCAGAUGAUUUUGGACAAGAAGUUUGCUGGAACAUUGGAUCAAGGUGCGGGAUGCCUUGUCAUAUUUGACGAUCCCAAGACUGAUGCUAUAUAUCCUGCUACCCUGGAGACCAUUUCCAAUAUUGGGAAAGUUGUCGACAGUCUUUAUGUUAGGUCUGCAAAGAUAAUGGCAUGA